AUGGCUAAAUACAAUUCUAUACUUUGUGACGAAACAACUGAUGUUUCCACACUAGAACAAAUGACAAUUUGCGUUCGUUAUGUCGACGUAACGACUUGGGUUAUUCGAGAAGAUUUUCUAGGAUUUAUUGAGAUGGUUGCAACUACUGGUACGGUAAUUAAAAAUACUAUCAAACAAAAUCUAGUUUCUAUAGGUUUAAAUAUUGAAAAUAUUCGAGGCCAAGGUUACGAUGGUGGUAGUAACAUGUCUGGACGAAUAAAUAGUGUUCAAGCUCUUAUUCUGAAUGAGCAACCUUUAGCUUUUUACACCCAUUGUUUUAACCAUUCUCUCAAUUUGUGUUUAUCCAAAGCAUGCGAAGUAUCCGCAAUAAGAAAUAUGAAUGGAAUUAUUUCUACUAUUUCAACUUUUUUUUCUGAUUCUGCAAUACGUGACAAUAAACUUAAAUCUAUAAUUAAGUCAGAUGAAAAAAAUAUUAUAAAAAAAAAUAAACUCAAGACAUUAUGUGAGACUCGUUGGGUUGAGAGGCAUGAUGCAUUAAUUACAUUUAAAGAAUUGUUUUUGUACAUCAUAGAAGCUUUAGACGACUAUGAAAAUAAUGGUAGAAAAUCAGAUUCAUCAAGUAAAGCUGCGAUGUAUGGUAGUGCUAUUAGAAAAAGCGAUUUUAUUGUUUCAUUAGAAGUAGCAGUUUUUAUUUUUUCUUAUACAUUAAAUUUAAGUCAAAUUCUUCAAAGUGAACAACAAGACUUAUCGAAAGCACUAAAUUAUGUUGUAACUGUACAAGAAUCUUUAGAAUUUAUUCGUAAAAAUGUUAAAAAUCAUUUCAAAAAUAUAUUUAGUGAAGUACUUAAGAUUGCUUCUAAAAUAGACGUCGAUAUUAAAAUACGUCGAUAUAAUGAAUAG